AUGGAAAAUAAAUCCGUGGAUGAUUCGCAUGAUGCAGAUGUUGAUGUCGACGCUGAUCAAAGUGAUAGUGAUCAAAGUGACGAUGAUCAAAGUGUUGGCGAGCCUAUUGAAGAGGACCCCCCCCCUACCCCCCCCGACACCUAUCUAUCCAUGGACGAUCUUUCGGGUAUGCCUAAAGCGUACGAAAAAUGCGACACUUUCUUUACUCUCUUAAACCAGACAAUAAGGGGCGCAAAUCAGGAACACAAUGUGUUAAGUAUUGACGAUGGAACAAUCCCGGCACAAUCGUAUAGUGCGUUUUGCUCAAGCUAUAUCGCGAUGAUGAGAAAAGCAAAGGAAGAGAAAGACACGGAUGCAGGAUGGCGAGCCUUCCAUACCACCUACGAUAUAUUGAAGGCUUUCAACGAAAGACAUCAUCUUCCAAAGAAAUGGAAUAUUGAUAGACACAAAGCUCACGAGAAGAUAGGCACUGACGAUCCCCGGGGAGAUGAAAUGUAUGAUUCAGCUCCUGAAGACGACAAUGAAAAUGAGCCACAAGCUGAAGUGGAGCCAGAAGCCGAAUCCAAAAUUGACGACUCAGAUGAAAGGCUCUUCUCACGUUCGGUACACACCGAGCUUGACAAUAUAGAUGCAAGGGCGGUGAAGAAAAGACCAUUGAACUUUGGAGAGGUUAUCUAUUGGUGGCGUGUUGGAACUGGCACUCAGGUUCUUGUUCAACAUGGAGAUGAUUCCUGUCCCAUAUUCCGUAUACGCGCAGGGUCUUAUCAGCUUUAUGACAAACGCGUUACUGAGCAAGUCUUAUCGUCACAAUCUCGAGGUAAUGCAAAGUUUAUUGCUACCGCGGAAGACGGUACUAAGACAGAAGCUUGGAGAUACCGCAAGAGCGAUGUUCGAUCUAUACUAGGGAUUGGAUUCAAAAUUGAAGACGACAAGGAGUACGGAAUCAAUUCAAAGCUCGCCAUUAAGCCAGGCUAUGGGGGAGAGUCCUACCACAGACACGUCUAA